AUGACCGACUGGGCCAAACUCAAGGUCGUGGACCUCAAGGCGGAGCUGAAACGACGCGAUCUUCCGCAGCACGGCCUCAAGGCAGAGCUUGUUGCGCGACUCGAAGAGGCUACGGCGCCCGUUGCAGACGACGAAGCACCACCGAUCGAUGCGGUCGACGCGGAACCAGCGCCGCCAGCUGAAGAGGCCGUCCCCGAAACAGAAACGCCAGCGGCGGCCCCCGGCCCUGCGCCACAGAAUACGGUAGAAAAGUCAGAAAACAGAGAAGCUUCUGCCACCGCAGAAGCCUCUGAGGAGCCUGCUGAUGCGGCUGCGGAAACGCAACCGGGAAAUGCCGAACAGCAACCCUUACCGGCCGCGGUCGACGCACCAAGCGACGCAUCGCAGAAGCGCAAACGCAAAUCGGCCACGCCGUCACCCGACGAGGAAGAAGUCGCAUUCAAACGAGCGCGGGCCCUUUCAGAACAAGGAGAAGAACAACAGCGAGCCGACGCAGUCUCCGCACCAGGCAGCGAGGAAACAGGGGCGCCAGCUGACAAACCAGCGAGCCCCAUGGCCGUUGAGCAAACGCCGCCACCGACAUCAAACAAAGCAGCAGAACAUCAACAACCUCUUGCAUCCCCUCCUACCACGCAGCUACCCGAAACAAUCGCUCCUGCCGUUAGCGACAACGACAACGACAACUACGACAAAAUGGACCUCGACGAGGACCCCAGCGUCGCGCCGGCUGUGCACCCGGCCACCGCGGCGCUGUACAUUAGCAAUCUCAUGCGCCCACUCCGCCCUGCUGACGUCCAGGCGCACAUCUGCGAGCUCGCCGCCGGCGCCGCCGGCUCCUCUUCUUCUAAUAGCCAGGCCACCCUCGCCGACGGCGGCGGCAGCGGCGGCGUCAUUGUCCAAUUCCAUCUUGAUCAGAUUCGCACGCACGCCUUUGUCGUGCUCUCGUCUGUACAGGCCGCCGCGCGCGUACGCUCCAAGCUCCACGACCGCGUCUGGCCGAAUGAGAGCAACCGCAAAGCGCUCUGCGUCGAUUUCGUGCCCGCGGAAAAAAUUGACGACUGGAUCGCCAUGGAACAAGGUGGUGGUGGUGGAGGGAGACCGGGACGCUCGACGGCGCGCUGGGAGGUCAUCUACACCACAGGCCCAGACGGCGUCGUCGAGGCCCGUCUACAACAGGCCGGCGGCGGCCUGGCAUCGUCACGCGGCGGUCCCCCGCGGCUGCCAUCAUUUAACCAAGCGAGCGCCACCGACACUGCAGGUUUUCGAGGCGACCGUGACCGCGACCGCGACCGCGAUCGUGGCGGCGGCGAUCUUGGGUCGCCCCGCGGCAGCCGCCGCGAUGGCCCCAACCCCCGACUGGAGCGCGCCAUACCCCCGCCGCCCAGCGAGCUCGACUACGAGCUGCAGCGGACGCGCGCCCGUCCGUCCAUCAAGUUCCAGCUCGUGGCGCCGACGCUCGCCGAGCGACGCAUCGACAACAUGCGCUCCUUUUACACAAAGGACACGCGCCGCGUGCUCGGCCGCGAGAUCAACCGCUAUUCGUUCGAGGAAGGCGACGGCUUUGUCGAUCGCGGCAAGGAAGUAUUUGAGGGGAUUCGCCCGCCGCAUAGGGAGCGUGGUGGCGGCGGCGGUGGUCGUCGCGGAGGGGGCAAGUUUGGCGGCCGAGGCGGCGGCGGCGGUGGUGGUGGUGGUGGUGGCCGUGGACGCCGCAACGGUGGCGGUGACAGGCCGCGAAGUGACCGCUACCUUCCUGGGUCAUCUUUUGGUGGCGGUGGUGGACGACGAUGGGAUAAUGACCGGAGUGGCGAUCGUCGCUAUUGA